ACUCGGUUUAUUCGGGAGAUGCUCGAGGAAUUCGAUCAAAAGUUGCCCGUACAGCGGCAUCUCGUGGCGCGGAGCAACUUUAAAUGGACAAAGAAGCCCGAAAAACCCGAGGCAGGCAGAGCGACCGAUAUAGCCGAACGCGUAACGAGCGGAUGUAGUAGGCGCGACGAUCGCUAGCUUAUCCGCAAAGAAGAGCACGGCGUGACGUAAACGACGAUCCAAACAAGUAUCAGCUGUGUUGCAGUCAUUGUUCCCUGGGUCGCAUCGGUCCUGGCGAGCGGAUCCUGCCCCAGUUCGUUCUCCCGUCGAGCACGUCGGGUGAAGCAGCAACGGAGGACGACGAGGGGGAUAGCUGGUGACUGGUCCGUUGACGCGAGGAACACGCGCGGAGACGUGACCACUUUUAUAUAGACCCGUUGAGCAGCAAGUAGAGAGGAGAAAAAAAAGGUGGAAGACUAGGCCAAGACUUUUUCGCGCUUGACGCAAUCGUGGCCGCGUGUGUGCUCCAGCUUCGGCCCUAGCCCCAGCUAGCCAACCGCCAGCGGUUAACCUUGGGGGACAAUAAUCGUGUGAAAAACGGGGCGGUACGCGCGUAAGCCUGGCCUCGAGCAGCGAGUCGGACGACGGUGGACUCGCUCCGCCACCGCGUAAAAGGUCUCGUAGUUCUCUAUCGGCUACUCUACGACCAGCGGACGAGCACCACUCCCUUAGUCCGGACAUGGAUAACUAUCGUGUACACGACAGUGUAAUGCAACAACAGGCAUCGAAUGGUGGCGUAUCUUCUGGACUACAGCAAAAUGGAGCUAAAGCAGACUCCGGUGGACUUCAUGCUAACGGCAACUUAUUAUUGGAAUCAGAUAAUGACGUCAAUGGUGUAAACAGGGAAAGAAAUCAGAGUUUGGGACCCCCGAAGAUAAUGGACAAAACUAAUCAAGAUAUUGUGAGACUUAUCGGACAGCAUCUAAAAACAGUCGGUUUGGAUCGGACAGCAGACCUGCUUAUGCAAGAGUCAGGAUGCCGAUUAGAUCAUCCCGCUGCAGCAAAAUUUAGGCAGCACGUUAUGGACGGUGACUGGAACAAAGCAGACCAUGACCUCAAUGAACUCAAGUCUUUUUUAAACAGUGCAAAUCAGAGUUUAGUGGAAAUGAAAUUCUUACUACUAGAACAAAAGUACCUAGAAUUCUUGGAAGAAGGCAUGGUAUUUGAAGCACUACAAACACUACGCAACGAACUUACACCUUUAGGCCAUAAUACUGGUCGUGUUCAUCAGCUAUCCCUAUUUAUGAUGUGUAGCGGGCGCGAUGAAUUACAGACACGUGCAGGCUGGGAUGGUAAAGGACCAGCCUCUAGAGCUGCGCUUAUGGACAGACUGCAAAAAUAUCUGCCACCUUCCAUUAUGUUACCACCACGCAGACUCCAUUCUUUACUUUGUCAGGCUGUGGAAAUGCAAAAUCAACAGUGCACGUAUCAUAUUACUCACACGCAGACGAGUCUAGAGAAUGUCUCUCUACUUGUGGAUCAUGAUUGCGGCAAGGAACAGUUUCCAUGCCAUACUAUACAGAUACUCAAUGACCAUUGUGACGAAGUCUGGUAUUGCAAAUUUUCUCCCGACGGUCUUAAACUCGCUACAGGCUCUAAAGAUAUGACUGUAAUUAUAUGGGACGUAGAUCCAGAAACUCUAAAGGUGACACAUAGAAAGACGCUCGAAGGACAUACGUACGGUGUUGCGCUAAUCGCUUGGAGUCCUGAUAGCAGUCAUCUGAUUGCCUGCGGCCCCGAAGACUGUCCCGAGCUAUGGCUUUGGAGCGUGGAUACGCCUGAUUGUGAAUUGCGUGUGAAAUUGACUCAAAGUACGGACGACUCAUUGACAGCCUGUGCCUGGCAUCGUGAUUCGAAUAAAUUCGUGACGGGAGGUCUUCGUGGACAAUUCUACCAAUGUGAUAUGGACGGCAACGUGUGCGACUCCUGGGAAGGAGUCAGAGUAAAGUGUUUGUGGUGCCGAAGCGACGGGAAGACCGUCUUAGCGGCUGAUACGCAUCAUCGAAUCCGUGGAUACAACUUCGACGAUUUGUGCGAUUUCACAAUACUGCAGGAGGAUCAUCCUGUCAUGUCAUUUAGCGUAAACAAAGCGGACCGGCUCGCUUUGCUCAACGUGGCGAAUCAGGGUGUGCAUCUUUGGGAUUUACAAGACAGGUGUCUUGUAAGGCGUUUCCAGGGUGUUACCCAAGGACACUUUACUAUUCACAGUUGUUUCGGAGGGGUUAAUCAAGAUUUUAUUGCAUCUGGGAGUGAAGACAAUAAGGUCUACGUAUGGCACAUUAAAAGAGAACUGCCUAUAGCAACUCUCACGGGGCACAGCAGAACAGUCAAUUGCGUCUCAUGGAACCCUGUUUAUCACCAGAUGAUGGCCUCGGUGUCUGAUGAUUUUACAGUGAGGAUAUGGGGCCCUAAGUCAUCAUCCGCGGAAGCAACUGAAAACGAUAAGACUGUAUCGCUAGAAACCAAUUCGUCGAAUAGCAGUGGUUGGUACGAGAUGGUAUCGAUGGUAUCGUAGCGAAUUACAGCGCGUCGGUGUUCCCAUGACCUCAUGGUGUUCAAAAGACUGUCAUACUGACAUUUGACUGUCGUAUUAUCCUGUUGAUUGUCAUACUGACCUUUUACUGCCUUCUGCAGUUGCUCUUCUAUACCUCAUGUCGCUCUUAAUCUACCUUGCAUCUACCUUGUUAUAUGGAGGUAAUAGGAGGGAUGUAUAUGUUAGCAACAACUGCUAAAUCGCCUGCAAGCUAUUAAAAACCGAAACCAACCAUUGAGUGUAAUUUUCGUAUUUACGCAUAUACUUUUCUUUUUCAUAUUACCUUUAUAUAUAUUUUAUAUGCAUCCAUAUAUAUAUAUGAUAUUUGUUGUAUUAUCUCAAUUAAAAUGUUGAGUGAUUAUUUAAUCGUCAGAACUAAUGAUCGAGAAGAUAUGAUGCAGCAUAAUACGAUAAUGUAGGUCAUACGGCAGAGUAGAAAAUGAUGCAAAUUCCGUCUUAGGAUUGGUGUGUAAGGAUAAAAUUAUAUAAGCAAGAAGUAUAGAGUACAUCCAUAUGAUGUCGGGGCAGUAUCGUAGACAGUUACGUUUUGACAGGAAUUUUGUCAAAUUUGACUAUGAUAAUUACACUAAUAAAAACACAUUGUAAAUAACAAUCUCGGAUGUAUUCGAGUUUUAUUAUAAAUUUAUUGAUUAAGAAACACAAACUAUUUCUUGACGUUUUAUUUGCAGUUCUCAUUUUUUAUUGAGAUUAUGUAAGUUCGCAAUAUGUCCGCAAUAUAUAUUGAGUACAAGUUGCUAUCUUGCGCGGGAUCAUUAAAUUUUGUGGACUGAGUAACACGUUUGAAAGCAUUCAAUGUAGAAUUAAUUUUGUUGCACUUUUGCAGCGACACAUCAAAGUGCGCAGUUUAAAAAGUGAUGUCUAUAAAUGUGUGAGAAAUUGUUUUAUUAUUUUUUAAAUUAUUCUUAUAUUUUAGAUGUCUAAAAUAAUAAAGCAAUUUCUCACACAUUUACGGAUGACGUUUUAAACUGCGUACUUUGAUGUGUCGCUGCAAAAAUGCAACAAAAUUAUUUCUACAUCGAAUACUUUCAAAUGUUACUCGGUCCACAAAAUUUAAUGAUCCCUCGCAAGGUAGCAACCUAUAUAUCAGAUAUAUUGCGAACUUGUGUGGUUUCAAUAAAAAAAAAAUAUAUAAAUUUUUAGUUAGAAUUAUAGAGCUACUGUUUGUGCAAGAAAAGUUAUUCGGUUUACAUGUAUCGCAGAAAUGUUUUUAAGUGAGAAUUAAUUUAUUUAUAUGUAAUCAAACAAACAUUAAACUAUCUGGAAUGACAAACAUACAUAUAUAGGUAAAUGCUUAAAAAUUAUUAAUAUUACACUCGUCUUAUUAACUGCCAUAUAUCAAAAAAUGUAAUCUACUAUCUCUUACUUCACUUGUACCCAACAACUACAAUACUAUAUUACACAUGCGUGAUAACACCUUAGCAGUACGAAAUAAUAAUAUGUAAUAAAGCUAGUGAAUCUGCUUUUUGUCAUUAUUAUGUAACAAUUUAUAAAAAUCCAUAAAGAUUAGAACGCGUAUAGGAGAAAACAGCCGUGAAAUAUUAAUAAAGCAAUCCAGGUUUGAUCUGAUGAUGUAAAAUAUCGUUAUUUAAGUUAAAAUAAAAUCAUAUUCGGCAUGCAAUGGCAAUUAACGGGAUGAGUAUAUCAAAAAGUGAAAUUCAAUUUGUUUCAUUGUCUAAAAUAAAGCGGAGACGGAAUAUAUAGGAGUAUCAAACACUAAGCUGUAAGCUGUACCUAUAUAUGUAAACAUGUACAGAUAUCUUUGCAAUAUAUGUAUUACUAUUAAACACAUUUACACGUAAA